ACUCCGAGCAAGAGGGAGGGGGACCCCGCUGCCGGGAUGAAGCCGCCUUCCUGCCGCCUGUGCGUGGCCCUCCUGCUCAUGGGCGCCGUGAGGCCUUGCCGAGCCGAGCCCGACUUGAAGCCACCGUCCCAGGUUCGUCUCAAGGCCUACGUGGAGGGCAUCCGGCUGCCCGUGCGAUGGAACCCCUCGCCUCUGCAGGAGAACCCCGCCCGCAGUCUGCUCUACCAGCUCCGCCUGUGCUUGCCUGCCGAGACGGACGCGAGGCCUCAGUGUGAGGGAUCUUGCGUCUGCCAGCAGAAGCAGAAGGGGAGCAAAGUGUUGGGCUGGCCGGAUCGGGAGGUGACCGUGUCCGUGCGUUCCGUGGCCUACGACGCCGACGACGCCGACGGCGGCGCGUGCCCUUGCCCCUCGCUGGACACCGCGGGCAACGCUAGCGCGUGGACAGAACCCAUCACCAAGCCUCCAGUCGGCGAGCCCGGCACGGCGGCUCGUGACGUCUCGUGUGUCUACCGAGACAUGGAGGCGUUGGAGUGCCGCUGGAGAACCGGGGAGAAAGCUCCCCCGGGCACCAGCUACUCCCUCUACUACGCCGUCUACUUGGACGAGCCCCUCCUCUGGACGAGGUGUGGGGACGACGAGGGGGGGAUGCCCCCGGGCACGCCGCGUUGCGUCAGCAGCAGCAUCGUGGAGUGGGACCGAGACGCCAACAGCUUCGCGAUCCUCGUCAACGGCACCCUGCCCGGCGGGGAGGCGGCUCGGCCCAGCCUGCUCAUCAUCACCCCCUUGGAGAAAAUCUCGCCGAGUGCUCCGCGGGGUCUCCGCGCCUCCGUGCUCAGCCCGUCGAGCCUCGUGUUCGUCUGGGACCCUCCCAGCAGCACGCGGCUGCUCAGCUUCGUCAAGUACCACGCGCGCCUCGUCACCCCCCGCGCGGGACGAGAGCCCCAGGUGCUGGCUGACACCUUCAUAGAGAAGAGGACCGCGCUGGACUUGGUCGUGGACCCAGGGCUUCCCUACCGCGUGUCCGUCCGAGCCAUCCCCAUCUACUCCAAGAACUUGAGCAGUCCCUGGUCGCACUUGGAUUACUCGCCCAAGGAGAAGUCCCCGUACCCAGGACCCCCACCCGUGUCCGUGCCGCCCGUGGCUCCGCUCGUCAUCGCGUUCGGCGCAGUUCUUGCCGUCAUCACCGCCAUCUCCUUCCUCGUGUGGCGUUGGCCCCGCAUGAAGGUUCGAGUUUGGCCGGAUAUUCCCGAUCCUGCUGGGCCAUUGGAUGCUUUUCUCAAGAGAAACAUUGAUCCCGUUAAGGCAGCCGCCUGUGCGCCCCGCCUCGAGGCGCAGGACCCCUACAGCCUGGUGGAGGAGCUCGACUCGCCCCAACUGCCGCAGCCACGAGCCCCCCACCCUCAAUAGACCAAUGAGCGCAACAUACAAAUAUUAUUCGAAGUGUAUAUACGAAACGUCAAGUGAGAUUUCAUUUGCUUCCCACGCACAGGUGUGUCGAGGCACGUGACAUUGAGUUGUUGGCAGCAAUGACUAUCGCACAAUACCGCCUUGAAAACUCGUACCGUAGUCAUGUUUCUUAAGUAACUGACAGACGUGCACAGCAUUCGUUAAUCCACCGCUGGAUGAAGGCCUCCCCAUGCUGCGCCGGUCGUGGGGACUUUGAGACCAUACUUCUCCACGCUGGUUCAGUGCGGGUUGGUGAAUGUGGGCGGGGCAAGGAGACGGUUCAGACGCCACUUGCCACUGAUGUUAGCCGUGAGCCCUGCGUGUAUUUGAUGUUGUCUUCGUAGUUUGGCGACGGGGUAUGCGCCGCACCGCAGAAGCUCGUGUGUGUGCGUUCAGCUGUCCGUCCCCCGCGCCUAGCACGGUUGGCUACGUACGGUGCGAACAAAGUUCAACGCGCGGUACAGCGUACGUGGCGUGCAUCGAAGAAAGGCCUUGCAAGGCGGGCAGCGAAACACAACGACAGGCCCCGCACAUGGUCACCGACAGCGACACGCACACGGUGGCCAUGGAGGGGUUAGUCCAAGCUGACUGGGUUCAGUGUCCUGUCAAUAUUUAGACGACGCCUGUUUUACCCAGGAACAGCCUCAUCGAGUCGAAAGGAUCUUCUUUUCGGGAGGGUCUUGCCAAGUUGUGGCAGUAGUGACGCGGACGUCGCCUUGUCGUGACCCCCACACGGGUCACGUGAAGCACUGCGAUGGGUGGUGUGGACACUGUGAACCACGACAAACGAACAGGUGGUGAGCAGACAAACUCCACGCAGGACGGCGCCCGAGUCGGGAAUCGAACCGAGGGGCAUCUUGCCGUGAGGUGCGAGUGUUAACCACCGUGCCACUGUGCCACCCCUCCACCAGUUUAAAAAAAAACACAAAAAGUUCCGCAGCGAAGACUCGGAAGGGCUCCUGACGUUUUAUUUUUUUACAAUUUUUGCUGACCACGUGUCGGAAAUGUGCCACAAUAGCUGGCGUCAUGGCGAUCACAGAUUACAAAUGCACCUCCCCUGGCUAUCAGGCCAGCCAGGCAUGCUCGGAAUUCAUUUGCAUACCAUGCAGCAGGUUAUAGAGCGUAGUAAAAUGAAGCAAUGUGCAACAAUGACUUUCCUGUUUUCACUUGAAAAAUAACUUAUCCCCAUUUUUGCGUUCUAUUCCUGUAGCCAGGUUCCUCCACUUUUUUCCUGGAAUUUACGUCAAGAGAUACCAAGAAGUGCACAAAGCGAACUGGUGCAUGCACGCAGACUACAAAUUAAACUGUGAAAGGCAAACGAGAUGUCAAAAGCGAAGACGCGUUAACAUCAUAUGUUGUACAGCCUGAAUAGUCACUGUUUAUAUGCCUGCUCCGUGUAUCCUCAUAAGAGAAUGUUUGUUAUCAUUACAGCACUUACAUUUUGAAAAUAAAAUAUAACUUUAAAAAUGUAUUCUUAAAAUGGGGACAUUGUUUCAGCAACGUGGGUUCAAGUAAGGGAAGCACACGGACCAUGGGGACGCACAGGGGCUGUUACUUCAACAGUAACCAUGAUUAGAUGAUGAUGAGUUUUGGAUGCUGCUGGGGCUCGCAGUGCUGUACACAAUCACAACAACAACAAUCACAACAACAACAACAAUCACAACAACAACAAGCCGUCACCAGCACCGCUUCAACGAUCGGUGACGUGGCGGACAACGACCCUUCGCGUGCUGUGUGCAGAAGGGCCGUUGCCUGAAACGUCGCCUAUUAUAAAUCAACGGGAAGGGUUCAUCUCCUAGUUGCUGCUGAGGGCUUUGUGGGCCUGCGGGCUACAACUGUAACCAGCGAAGUCGAACGUGAGGUGAGGAGGCUUCAUUGGUCAGAAUUCGUCAAAUCCAAGAAUCAAAUUAAU